AGUUGAUGAUAUCUCGCAGAUGAGCUGAGAGCUUUUUUAGUUUUCAUCUUCAACAGUUUGGUUUGCGGUUGGAUUCAUUCGCCAUAACAAGUGUGCUUUCUGCAGAAAGGACAAGAAUUGGAGCACUUCUGAGUUGUGUGUCAGAAAUCCUUAGCUGAGUAACAGAGGAAACUUGAAGAGUAAUGUUCGAACUGCUUAUGAUGAGAAACGAUAUCUUCCUAACAACUUGGCCGUGGCAUGUACAUCUAGUGCUGAUAAUACUUGUACUACGUGUGCUGAAAACAUCCACCCUCAAGUAUUACUUCGCCUAUAUUGUCUAUGUUGGCGUCUCCAUGUUUUUAGGUUUUUUCUACAUGUUUAUCUUCAUGCUGAGGCCUAGGGAUCCGUCGAAUAUUACGUUGACAUCUCCAGCAGCGAGUUUGGUGUCCAGAUGGAUCGGCAUAGAGUGGGUGCUGAGGGGAAGUGAGCAUCUAGCUGCAGCAGAAGCCGGAGUUCUUGUCGCCAAUCAUCAAUCUAUUUUCGAUGCACUCGGUAUAAUGUCAAUUGGAACCAGUCUAAAGAGAGCAAUAACCAUUGCCCGCAAAGAAGUGUUUUACUUUGUACCAUUUGGCAUCAGUGCCUGGCUAGGAGGUGUGUUCUUCAUCAACAGACAUGACAGAAAAACCUCUUUCCAAACCCUGUUGGAAACUGGAACACUAAGUAAACAGAAUCAGACAAAGUUGAUAAUCUUCCCAGAAGGCACUCGAAAUCGUAGAAGAGGCAAAUCAUUGCUGCCUUUCAAGACGGGGGCUUUCAGAGUUGCUAUCACCAACCAACUCCCCAUCUAUCCAGUUGUAUUCUCCAACUACUAUUUUCUUGAUGGCGAGAGGAGGUCUUUCCAUGAUGGUCAAGUGAUUAUAGAAGCACUGCCGCCUAUCUCAACCAAAGGCCUGACAUUGGAAGACAUGGAUUUCCUUUUGCAGAAAACUUGGACAAUAAUGCAGGAUAAAUACAAGCUGUUACAGCAAGAAGUCACUACCAGAGACAAAGAGGAUAGACUUUGACACAAGAAAAUCUAGAUUUAGAAGUGCGACUGACAUUGUAGAUAAUAUAUUUUUGUAUAUAAAGCAAGUUUUUACUAUAAGAGAUAGCUAUAGGUCAAUCUAUAAUGGUAUUGUGUGUAACUGCCUCAAUAAACAAAGAAUAUUCAGGAGGAUAGCAGAAUUGCUUACAAAAGUUGGAAUAAUGACAUUGAAGAUUUAUUUUUAUUAAAAAGCAAUUCACUUAAUUCAAAAAUCUGAAAGCAAUUCUUAAUCUAUUUGUUGAGUUAAAAUAGAUGUAUAGUAUAUUAGAGAUUGCAUAAUAAUUCCUAUUAGAUAGAGCAACAUGAAAUUUUCAAACACAGUCUUCAACAAACUAUGACCUACAGAAUGUUCACAGUAAUUGCAAUAAUUCCAUUGGAAUAACCAAAUUGAUAUGUGAUGAUUCCUAAUAUUUUUAUGAAGUAGCUCGUGAAACUUGACACAACAAUUACUAUGCAGUGUGAAUCAAAUUUUCAGUAUCUUACUGCAUUGCGCUGUUCAUUAACAACACCAACAGGUUGAUAUUGAUUGCUUCUAAUGAUUUAUCAACAGAUAAAAUGUUUGAGUUAUUUUAUUGUAGCUACAUGUUUUGUAGUUCAUAGAUCGGAAUGAAUAAGAGAUUGCAUUAAAUUUAGAUUUUUGUUCCAUAAUGAUUGUGAGUUCAUACUUCUGUAGAGAAAUCAAAUGACUGUGAUUCAUGAAACAUUAAAAACUUCAAAUCAAUAGAACUAAACAGUAUUCAUGGUGAAUUUUGUUUCACUGUUGUAUGAAAUAUUUUGCAUCGAUAAAUUCUCAAACAAUAGAGCGUUAUAUUUUGGUGGGCUUUCAAAUAAUAAUAAGAACUUCACUAAAAAUAAAUCAUGUAGAAGUAAACUGUUCUUCAUUUCAAUAUGCCAGAUUUAAUAAAGAUUAUUCUCUAUAGAUUUCUAAGUUGGUUUGGUAUGUACAUAUUUUAAAUAGAAAAUGUUGCAUUUAGAUAUCAUCCUCUGUUGUGAUCAAUGAAUAAAAUCAAUGAUAUAGGUAAGCCAUUAAUUUUAUCAAAAUUGUGAGCUAUUCUUGUAUUCAUCUCCCCUGCAUAUUUCUCAUUAUUUCUCUUUACAUAGUUCUUUGCUUUUAUUGAAAAAAUGACUACUGUCAAUAUGCUUCAUUUAUAAUUAUUGUCAAUCUUGUUUUUUUUUUAGUUUUAGAGUACUCUUUGAAAAGUGAAAGUGACAAAGGUACCUACGGUAUCAUACAUUUUGAUUUGGACUGUAUCAAGUAUAAAUUGAAAAAUUACAAUAAUUUUUUAUAUCAGCCUUUUCUCAAGUUGAGUUUUUUACGCAAUGAAACAAUGAAUAAAUAAAUGAUAAAAAUAGAGAAAUCAGUGGUCUCUAUUUCAUAAAAAUUCAAAUGAUUGAACAAAAAUAGCGAGCAUUAUCAUGUGCAUUAUUAAAAUAUUAAUCAAAGUCGAAAGAAUUGCAAAAAGUAUACAAAGAAUAACACAAGACUUAAUUGAAUCACAAAUAUGUGAGAAAAAAUGAAUUAACAGAUAAGAAAAACUAGAUUUAACAAUAAAAUAGGGUAGUUCUUGUCUAGUUAAGUGUGUGCACAUUUAAAUUUCAUCUAUUAUUAACUUUCACAAUAUUUAUGAAUUUUUAUGAAGCAAUCUUCAUUGUACUCUCUUCUGAACUAACAAUCUCUUAUGAGCUCACAACACUGGAAAAUAGAGGUUUCCAUUACUAUUAUCCCCCUUCUCUGCUGGUUUAACGUCUCUGAGAAGAUCUGAAACAAAGAAAGAAGCUCUUUGGAGGGAGGAAAUUCAGUUGGAUACCACAAGCUCAAACAAAAAUGGUAGUUAUUGAAAAAAUAGUUGUCUAGAGUAGUUGAUUGACAUCUUACCAACUAGGGGAAAGGCAAGGCACUCUAUUGGCUCUAGGCUGCCUGCUGCGUCAAGCUGUCUAGUCUGUUCAGCUACCAGACUAGCAUAUCAAUUGCGCUCAAAUAUAUAAAACAAGUGAAAUUCACUUUGAUCUGUCAGCAACCCUAACAGAUAACAUCGAUGCAAUGUUAUGCCAUUCGAACAAUGCUGACAGUUCAAAAUCAAUCCCACUAUAGAUACAGGUAGUAAAAGACCACGAAUGGUUCGUUGAAAUCACAAAUAAGAACUGCCUUACAUUAGUCUCCGAACGCCCAUACUAUCUGACCUAAGCUUCAUUUUCUACAAUUUUCUUUUUGCUGAGAGCUGAGGAUGAUAUCUAAAUGAGCGCCAGACUUGCGCGUGAUAUAAUUAUGAUAU